CCACACUGCACGAGUAGUCACCCUUUCCUUUUUCUUCUGCAAUUACCUCCAUAACACACCUCCAUAAUGUCCUCGCCUCCUCGCUACUCUGACGAAAUUCACGACCCCGUCAAAUCCAGCAGCGUGACCGAACCUCUCCUCGGCGCCUCUUCCCGCACCCCCAACGUCGCUGCUGCCGCCUCUGGCUCUGUCAGCGCCCAGCGCCUCGCCGAAGAAGGCUGGAGCGAUGACGAUGUCGCCAAUGGCCUCAAACUCGGCCCCAAUGUCUCUGACUGCGACGCCGAGAUCCGCAUGUUCUUCAUCCGAAAAGUGUACUCGAUCCUCUCGGUGCAGCUUCUCAUGACGACGGUGGUGUCUGUGUUGCUGUCACUGGAUGGGGCGAAAGAAUUCACGCAUGCGAAUCCGUGGCUUAUGUGGAUCCCCAUGAUACUCAGCUUUGUCAGCUUGGGAUUCGUCUGGUGGAAGAGGCAUCAUCAUCCUGCCAACUUGAUACUAUUGGGACUGUUCACGCUUUUCGAGUCUGUCAUGAUUGGCCUCGCCGUCAGCUACUAUGAAAGCAGAAUCGUUCUUCAAGCCUUGUUCAUCACCUUGGGAGUGUUUGUCGGCCUGACUCUCUUUACCUUCCAAACCAAAGUACUCAACGUUCCCUUCCCGCCUGAUCGCCUUGACUAACUUUUCGCAGUACGACUUUUCCUCUUGGCAACCCAUCCUUUACAUCUCCAUCUGGGGCCUCCUUACCACCUCGCUCAUCUCAAUCUUCCUUCCUUUCAAUGCCACUUUCGACCUCAUCAUCGCCGCCUUUUCCACUCUCUUGUUCUCGGGCUUCGUGCUCUAUGACACGCAGCAGAUUAUGCAGAAGUUGAGUGUGGAUGAGGCGAUCGUGGGAGCUUUGACGCUUUAUCUGGAUUUCUUGAACCUGUUUUUGAGUAUCCUGAGGCUGCUCAACAACCAGAACAACCGAUAGAAUAUAUUAACGUCUUUAAUUAUUCACAAAUGUUUGCCAUGCUCGACCUAAUGUAUGCCUAAUCAUGUAUUGUUGCUCAGAAUUGCCAUCAAUAGUUCCUCGUCUGUGCCCAGUCACUUUCAC